AUGUGGGAACUGCGAUCAGCCUCCUUUUGGAGGGCCAUAUUCGCUGAGUUCUUUGCCACCCUCUUCUAUGUCUUCUUUGGGCUGGGGUCCUCACUGCGCUGGGCUCCUGGACCCCUGCAUGUUCUGCAGGUGGCUAUGGCAUUUGGCUUGGCCCUGGCUACACUGGUGCAGUCUGUGGGCCACAUCAGUGGAGCCCAUGUCAAUCCUGCAGUCACUUUUGCUUUCCUUGUGGGCUCCCAGAUGUCCCUGCUCCGUGCCUUCUGCUAUAUGGCAGCCCAGCUCCUGGGAGCUGUGGCUGGGGCCGCUGUGCUGUAUAGCGUUACCCCACCUGCCGUCCGAGGAAACCUAGCACUCAACACGUUGCACCCUGCAGUGAGCGUGGGCCAGGCAACCACAGUGGAGAUCUUCCUGACGCUCCAGUUCGUGCUCUGCAUCUUUGCCACAUACGACGAGAGGCGGAAUGGCCAACUGGGCUCCGUGGCCCUGGCCGUUGGCUUCUCCCUUGCCCUGGGGCACCUCUUUGGGAUGUAUUAUACUGGUGCAGGCAUGAAUCCUGCCCGCUCCUUUGCUCCUGCCAUUCUCACUGGGAACUUCACUAACCACUGGGUGUACUGGGUAGGCCCAAUCAUUGGAGGGGGUCUGGGCAGCCUCCUGUAUGACUUUCUUCUCUUCCCCCGGCUCAAGAGUAUUUCUGAGAGACUGUCUGUCCUCAAGGGUGCCAAACCCGAUGUCUCCAAUGGACAACCAGAGGUCACAGGGGAACCUGUUGAACUGAACACCCAGGCCCUGUAGAAGCUCCAGCUGAAUAGAGGGAGUAGAAAGCUUCUGAGUUUACGUGGAGGGGUUUAGCCAGCCCCUAGAUGAAGAAAGAGACUGUGGGGAGGGGCAUGUACUUCUUUAUUUUUUAACUUAUGUAUGUGGUUGUUUUUUUUUUUUUCCUUUUGCUGUGUGAAAUCUUUCAAGUUGCAUUCAUGAGCUGGUUGGUGCAAACUUCCCUUCCUCCCCAUCCCACCACCCUUCGCCAUGUGUGCUGAUUGUGCAUAUGAAUGUGAGUGUGGCUGUGUCUGAGUUUUGGGGCAUGAGAGCUAAGGAAGCAAAAAGAGGUGCCAUCCUAUACCCCCCUUCCUCGACCCAGUAUGGUGAGUACUGGGUAACCGACACCUUAAGUUUCUGGCCUUUACCCUGCUGCCAGUCAAGUGUGUAGCUCUUGAUUUCUGAGGGAACAGAGAAGCAGGGAGUUACUCCUCACACGAGGCAGAUGGAGAGAAGUGGAGGAGACAAGGCUUCCAAGGGUUAGGAGAAGGGACUCAAGGGAGGUGGGUGGUGAAAAUGGAGUAUUAGCCCCAGAUCAGGAUGUAGGUGUACCGAAGAAUUGGGGGGAAGUUAAUGGGAAUAUAUAGCCUACUUAUCUUAGGGAUGCUUGCCCCAGGGACUUGGGUGGGGAAGUAGCUCUGAGAAAAGUGAACACUAGGAUUUAGCUGUUCUGUAAAGCCACGUAAACCUGUCUACAUCCGCUGGCUGGUUGUGUUCAUUCUGACAUAAUGGAUCUCUUCAGAGGUCCUGGGCCAAGGAGCUUCCAACCUAAAUAGAGCUUGGGCAAGCCUAGAAUCUAGAAAAAUUAAGCAGCUUAACUGGUCAGCCUGACAUCCACUGUUGUGGCUGCCUGGCAGAUGGUAUUUAAGCCCCACAAUUGUUCCCUAAGGCCAACACAGGAAAUCUGAUUCCUGGAGCAAAUAAAUGAACGGGUGGUAGUAGGGGGCAUGAGGGGAGAGGCUUUGACUCUGUUCUAAUUUAUUUAGAGCAAAUCAAAACACUCCUCAAAUGGCAUCUUUCUGCUUUUACCACUAGUUCCGUGUUUUUUUUCUUGUUUUGUGUCUGUGUAUUUUCAUUUCUCUGUCAUCUGUCCUUUCAUCUUGAAGCAAAUCUCUUCUAACUCCCUCAUACCCCGGAAAUUGAUUCCUUCUAUUCAAAUGCUUAAUAAUUCAGGAGAUUAU